UGUGAGCGGCCCCGGGGCCCUCCCGGCUGCCGCGGCCCUCCCGGGGAGCAGCACAUGUGCCUGGAGCUUUAAUUCUGUAGAGCUUACCGACAGCCAUCCACCAUGUCUUGGCUUGUGGAUCUUGCUGGAAAGGCAGAGGAUCUCCUCAACAGAGUUGAUCAAGGAGCUGCAUCAGCCCUGAACAAAAAAGACACAUCAAGUGCUUCAGUAUAUGAUGUUAAGAACAUAGACUCUGCCAGUGAAUACUCUGAACUGCACAAGCAGGCUGGAGAAACAAAGUAUCAGACUUCAUCCAAAGCAGCCUACAUCUCUUCAGCAGCUGACAAUAUUAAACAUCAAAAAGCUACAAUCCUAGCAGGAACUGCAAAUGUUAAACCAGCCCGUAGGACGUCUUUGGAGGCUGCUUCUCCCGUUGAAGGUGUUUCCACACCCAGACCUUCCUCACAAUUUGUGAGAAAAAAAAAGUCUGAACCUGAUGAUGAGUUGCUAUUUGAUUUUCUCAACAGCUCUGAAAAAGAGCCCGGUGGAAAGAUAGACUCUAAGAAAGAGAAGAGCAAGGCAGCUGUUCUUCAAAAUCACUCUCGGACUUCAAGUGUUAGUUCGGUGUGUGCUAGUACACAGAGUGCAAAAGCUACUGAAGAUAAUUCCAUCAGGAGUCAAGGCAACGAGACUCCAGACAGUUCAGAUUCUGGAUUGGGAGCACAAGUGGCAGAUAGUGCAAAAGACUCAUCACCAAGUGCAGUAACUAAUCCUGGCCUUUCAGCCACCGAUGGUUUCAGACCUCAUGAGCUCUCCAAUCUUCGACUGGAGAAUCAGCUGCUGCGGAAUGAAGUUCAAUCUUUAAAUCAAGAAAUGGCUUCGUUAAUUCAGAGAUCCAAAGAAACACAAGAAGAAUUAAACAAAUCCCGGGAGAGGGUCGAGAAGUGGAGUGUUGACCAUUUGAAGAGUGAUAGGAUGGUGAGAGAACUUCAAGCUCGAGUUGAUGAUCUCACAGAAGCUGUUGGUGCCAAGGAUUCCCAGCUAGCGGUGCUAAAAGUGCGGCUGCAAGAAGCUGAUCAGCUCUUAAGUAGUCGGACAGAAGCCUUGGAAGCACUGCAGAGUGAAAAAUCACGGAUAAUACAAGACCACAGUGAAGGGAGCAGUUUGCAAAAUCAGGCCCUUCAGACUCUUCAAGAGAGGCUGCGUGAUGCAGACUCCACGUUGAAGCGAGAGCAAGAAAGUUACAAACAGAUGCAGAAUGAGUUUGCAGCUCGUCUAAGUAAAAUGGAAGCUGAACGCCAGAACUUGGCAGAGGGGAUUACUGUGGCAGAAAGAAAAUACUUAGAUGAAAAGAGGCGAGCUGAUGAACUUCAACAGCAAGUCAAAAUAACUAAAACCCAGCUAGAAUCUGCAAAACAAGAACUGACAGACUAUAAACAGAAAGCUACUCGCAUACUCCAGUCUAAGGAAAAGCUUAUCAACAGCCUGAAAGAAGGCUCAGGAAUUGAAGGUCUGGAUAACCAUACUGCAAGCACAGUGGAACUAGAAGAACUGAAACACGAGCGAGACACUCAGAAAGAAGAGAUGCAAAAGCUAAUGGGGCAAAUACAGCAGCUCAGAACAGAGUUGCAGGAUAUGGAGACUCAGCAGGUAAGUGAGGCUGAGUCAGCAAGAGAACAACUUCGAGAUCUGCAGGAGCAAAUAGCCACACAUAAAAUGGCCAAGCAGGAGGCAGAAGCUGAACUAGAACGACAGAAACAGGAACUCCAUUACACCGAGGAAGAACUGUAUCGAACAAAAAAUACUUUGCAAAGCAGAAUAAAAGACAGAGAGGAAGAAAUUCAGAAGCUCAGGAAUCAGCUCACAAACAAGGCUCUAAGUAGUAGCAGUCAGACAGAAUUAGAGAAUCGGCUUCAUCAGCUGACAGAAACACUUAUUCAGAAGCAGACCAUGUUAGAGAGCCUGAGCACAGAGAAAAACUCUCUUGUUUAUCAACUGGAACGACUUGAACAACAGCUUAAGGCAAUCCAAGGCACGAGUACUAAUGGACCUUCCAUUAACAUGGCAGGAGUUGAUGGUUCUGAAGGCACUCGUAUGCGGAACGUUCCUGUCCUUUUUAAUGACAUGGAUACUAAUAUGGCAGGAAUGUACGGAAGAGUUCGCAAAGCUGCCAGUAGCAUAGAUCAAUUUAGCAUUCGUCUGGGAAUCUUCCUAAGGCGGUAUCCCAUAGCAAGAGUCUUUGUAAUCAUUUAUAUGGCAUUGCUUCAUCUCUGGGUCAUGAUAGUUCUACUUACCUACUCUCCAGAAAUGCAUCAUGAUGGUCCCACUGGCAGAUAGACUGAGACAGGACCAUGUGCUGUGCUAAGGAAAGAACGCUGGCUAGCAGAGUACUUAAAAUGGUCAGUCCUGAAAUGUCAGCAAAACUUUCCUCAUCUUGUUUAGGAGGAAUGGAAACAGUCAUCUCUGACUUAUCACUACUUUUUAAUGCAAACAUAAUACUAUGUAGCUAUUUCAAUUUGCCUAAAACUGUAUGACUCUUUGGAGAAACACGGUUGUUAAGUUAAGCUAAACUUAGCCUUUACACUUGCAUAAGCCUUCUGAUAGCAUAAAAAGAAAUAAGGUUUACACCUACAGAGAAAUUCAACAAUUUCUGAGGUUACAGAUAUAUAUGGUACAAACUAUUUUGGACCAUACUGGAUGUGGGCUAUAGUCAGGUAACAAACUGUACUUAGGAAUUUAAAUAAACUUUAUUUCUGAUGUCUUUCAGUCUGCUUUUGCACUUCUGUUUUUAACUUUGUAAAUAGUAGGCUUUUCCUUAACAUGUUAAACUGAAAAAAUGAUAAUGGAUUGGUGCAAUAUCUUUUUGUAAAUAAGGUUAAAAAUAAAACAUGAUGUAUUCUUCUUAGCUUUGUACUUUUAAUGCAACAGAUAAAUCUUCCCUAUGAGCUGAAUAGUGGGAUUGCCUACUUAUUGGUUGAUAUUUUAGCUUUAUUGGGGUGAGAGUGGGUUGCAAGAAUGGUUUGUGCUUUUCAGAACUUUUUUUUCGCACUUGAAAUGUAUGUAUUUUAAUUGUAUUUUGUUUUAUACCUCUCAUUUCAAGGUGUCUUAAGCAGAUCUUAUAUUCAUUUAAUUACUUACUAAAACUCUAGGUAAAGUCAAUACUAUUUCAAUACUAUUUCAAUACAGAAUCUGUGACAACUGCUGAAAUCUCUCAUGUCUAAAUACUUAACCAAAUGUACUUAUCAAGAAACUUCAUCAUAAAACCCAUGAGGCCCAGUCAAACCUACUGUAAUAGUUCUGUGUUACAGUGGCAUUCUGUAAUUAUGAAUUCUUGGUACAUUAGUGCAAUAAUACAAGGUCACUUAUGCUUAAAUCUGUUGCCUUGUGGAGUGCUGAAAGCUGAAUAAUGAGAAGAUGACUAAAAGUAAUUUGUCACUCCUACUCUAAUGGUUAUGGUUCAGUUCUCAUGUGACUUGAACACAUUAAGUUUUAGU